UAUUAUCAACUGGACUGGGAUGCCAAAUAUGAUAUCUACUACCUAGGUAGGUAUACUUCCCAUUAUUAUAAUCUAAUACUUCCUCUCUUUUAAUCCUGAUCCAAAUCACACGACGUAAUCUUUCAUAACAUGGCCGCAACCUCAAUCAGUCCCGUCGAAUUCGCUGCUCGCAAAUUCGAUUACAUCGUCAUAGGCGGUGGAACGGCUGGUCUCGCAAUAGCAGCGCGUUUAUCCGAAGACCCUAACAUAACCGUUGGCGUCCUUGAAGCGGGACCGGCUGCCCUAGAAGAAGACACUAUCAACGCACCCAGUCCGGUUUUGAAGACUCUAGGGACCAAUUAUGACUGGCAAUUCGAAACAGUUCCCCAGCCGGGAUUAGGCGGAAGAACUCUUGCCUGGCCACGAGGGAAGGUUUUGGGAGGUACAAGCGCGUUGAACUUGAUGACUUGGAAUCGUGGCAAUAAGGAAGACUAUGACGCCUGGGAAGGUCUGGGGAAUAAGGGGUGGGGUUGGAAUGAUAUGUUGCCGUUCUUCAAGAAAUCCGAGAGAAUUCAUGUGCCUAGCGAAGAAGCUCAAGCAGCCUACCAACUGCACUUUGAUCCACAGGCUGUCGGUACUGACGGGCCAAUUCAUGCGUCAUAUGCCAAGGAGUACUCGAAGAUGCAUAGACUCUGUUAUGAUACUCUGAUAAACCUAGGCAUCCCAGAGAAUAGAGCUCAUCAUUCAGGGUCAAACGUUGGCGUCUGGACGAAUCUAAACUCGGUGAAUCCUGACGAUAACACUAGAUCCUACGCUUCGCUGGCAUAUUAUGUGCCAAACUCCUCGCGAAAGAACUUACUCAUCUUGGCAGAGGCUCUUGUCCAAGAGGUCAUUAUCAGCCAGGAGAACGGAGAAUGGACUGCAACAGGUGUUCAUUUUAUGCACAGGGGAAAUCCUUACACCGUAUCUGCCUCAAGGGAGGUUGUUAUCAGUGCAGGAAGUGUCCAGUCACCACAGUUACUGGAGCUUUCGGGAGUAGGAAAUCCUCAUAUCCUCGAAGAUGCGGGUAUAGAGGUCAAAGUGGCCAAUCCAAAUGUUGGCGAAAACCUGCAGGAUCAUCUUCUUUCCAUAUCCGUCUUCGAAGUUGACCCAUCCCUAGAAAAGCCUAAGCUAGAGCCUCCAGGCACCCCUUAUUGUUACUUGCCAAUUUCAACAGCAACAUCUGAAGGGGGGUUUGAGAAAAUCGCCUCGAAAGUCAGAACACUAGAACGGCAUCCCGAAGAGAAAACGAAAAUCUUGCAAAGCCGCUUUGACCCUUCCACCCGUCUCGGCCAAUUUGAGUAUAUCUUCGACCUUACGAACUGGAGCUCAGAUUUCCAGCCAGAACCAGACACUGGGAAGAAAUAUGCGAGUAUCUUACAAAUUUUGCAAUACCCAUUCUCGCGGGGAAGCAUCCACAUCCGGAAGCGGUCCGAGCUUGAGCGAAGCGAGGGCCGUCGAUUGACUAUCGCUGAAAAACCAAUUAUCAAUCCAGGAUACUAUUCUGGUCCCGGUGGGGAGAUAGAUCUCGACGCCAUGACGCAGUGUAUACGAUUUGCCGAUAAAAUUUGUCAGUCGGCACCCCUAUCCGAGGUUGUCCGAUCAAGGGUAGUUCCACCAUCUUCGAUAGAGAGUGAUGCGGAAUUAAGGGGUUGGGCUGUUAAGAACACUUCGACUGACUGGCAUCCAGUGGGAACAUGCGGCAUGGGAGGGAGUGGUGGUAUUCAUUCAGGGGUAGUUGAUGAUCGACUCCGGGUUUAUGGUGUGAAGAGACUGAGGGUUGUUGAUGCAAGCAUAAUGCCACUUCAAAUAAGUGCGCAUCUUCAAGCCACGGUGUAUGCCAUUGCAGAGAAAGGAGCUCACUUGAUACGCGAGGAUAACGCAGGCAGGUGGUCUUAAGCAAGAGCCUUGAGAUGGGAAUUGUUGUCGUAUGCAGCACUAAAUGAAUAGGUAUUCUAUGAAGAAAUCGAAAUCAUAUGAUUUUCAUUCAAA